AUGAGCCAAAAAGUUAAAGAAUUAAUAGAAAGAUGUAGUUCUUGCCAAGCAGUUGGAACAAGCAAGCCAAUUGACCCAAUGCAGAUAACACCAACCAACAACAUACCUUGGUAUCCUGUCGGAAUUGACUUUCUUGGACCUAUACCAGAUUCACAACAAUAUUUAUUGGUGGUCAUUGACAAAUAUACAAAAUUUCCAGAGGUAGAGAUUGUGCAUUCUACUUCAGCUCAAGCUGUAAUUCCGAAAUUAGACCGAAUAUUUGCAACUCACGGCAUACCAGUCAAACUUACUAGUGAUAACGGACCACCGUUCAAUGGAACCGAGUUUGAAAGGUACAUAAAAGCGCUGAAUAUAGAUUGGAAAACAAGUACUCCGUUAUGGCCACACAAGGAAAUGCAAAUGUUGAAAACUUCAACAAGAUGUUAA